AUGCCCCUCCUCCCCUCACUGGUGGCGCGUGCGGCGGAGACGCCGGUGACGGCAGUCCUGUUGACACUUGUGUGUAUCAUUGUGCUGUUGAGCAAUUCCAACGAUUUAACGUGCAUGCAUGGCACACUCUAUGAGCUAUAUCCCUGGCGCUUCAUCACCUAUUCACUAGCAGCGACAAUUCGGGAGCCCUGGCGUAUCGUCGUGAACACCGCUGUUGUCCUCGCCGGAGCGUCUGCGGAGGCGACUACAGGCAGCAGUGAGUACGCCAUCUUCCUGCUCUUCACCACAGUGGCGACAGGCUUGCUGGUGCUCAUCGCCGACCUCGUCAUCUGCCACCCGCUUCGGUUUUCUUUCCUCAACAAAGAUGACAGCUACAACCGGCCGUACGGUUACACUGGCAUGUGGCCAGUGGCGGAGGUAAUUGGGUUCUCUCUGUGCCGCGUGCGGGGGAUGUCGGCGUUGGUCGGCCCGCGACUACUCGGCGCUCAGCUGACGCUCCAGCAAGUCCCACUCGCCAUUGUCUGGUUUGCCUUCGGCUGUGAUGUGGUCUCGCUGGUGAUUGGCCGCUGUCUUGAGGAAUAUUAUGAUCACUGGGAAGGUUGGCGAGGUAUGGUGGCGUGCAUCGCCUUGCUUGUGAGCUGGGUGUACGAGCGUCAUGUCACCGGAGCUGCGAGCAGCGCCUUCACCUUAGACGCCUUCAUAUACCCGGAACCGCUCCGAGAUGGCGUUCGCUCAGUGGGCAGCCGCCUGCAGAGGCUGCUGCAGGUCUUGCCAUUACGCGCUCUGCUUCCACCUGAGGGCGGGGCCAGUGGUGAGGCGGUAAUGUUGCCCACGCCGUUGUUCUCUCGUGCCGAAAUGGGCAGCGUCUUUCCCAGCAAAUCAAAUACCGCCACAGCGCUACUGCCCGGCACAACCGCAGAGGAAGCGGAGAGGCACCGCCUCAUCGCACGAGAGGCUCUCGCCCGCCGACUUCAGCAAGAGCGGCAGGCGCAAAGCCCAUCUACAUCCCUUGGUGUAGAGGCAGCCGAAUCGGCGGCGAAGACGGCGUAG